UUCUUAUGACAUCAGCAGCAGAGAAGAGAAUAAAAGCAGAGAGUCGCUGUGCUUACUGCUCUAAUCCAACAAAUCCAGGAAGGCGUCAAGAUCUCAGCCCAGCAUCAGCAGUGACCCCGUCUGAAUCCAGAGGAAUGAAAGUGUUUGCUGCUUGCUGCGUUUUCCUCCUGCUUCUGUGUGUAGGCUGCCCGAAUGCUGACUGCAGGAUUCAGGAGCGAUCCAUGGAGAUCAGAAAUCCUGAUAUCGAUGCUUCUUGGUACACAGGUCGUGGCAUCAGGCCCGUGGGUCGCUUUGGCCGGAGAGCCUCAGAGGUUCGCCGUGGCUCUGAUUACCCGUCUCAUCGUUUCUGCAUUCCAGUUGAAGAAAAUGACGAUUCCUCUCUGGACGAAUAGAACAUAGCAAUUAUUAUUCAUCUUUAAUUCCUCACUUUCAUUACAGUUUACAAAUUGCUGUGUAGUCUACGAUUAAAACUUAUUUAUAUAAAA